UGUGAAAUGAGGGCAGAGCCAAUACGAAGCGCUUUAUAGUUCUUAUCAAUGGUUUAUGAGGUGCUAAGUCGACUCAUUUAACAAGCAUGUCAUAUCGAACGCGAUAUAAAACUAGCCAUGAGUAGUUGAAGUAAAACUUGCCAACUCAGAGAACGAGUGGAAUCGUCACGUCUGAGAACUAUUAGAAAUAUUUCUUCCUGUUUAAACCUUGCUUUAAAAAAUGGUCUUGAUUUCAAAAAUCUACGUUUCUUUGCUUAUCGUUCUCUUAACAAAUUACGCUAACGGAUUAAAGUGCCACUUUUGCACAUCAAGCAAUAGCAUAUACAACGAAGACUGUCAAUAUGGUAAAAAUACUCUCCCAUCUGGUGACUGCCCUCCUCAGUUUACAUCGUGUGUCACAAGAUACGCUGAAGAUGCGGCUGGUAAAGCUCACAUCCUGCGAGACUGUAGUAGAAAAAACGAUCUGGCGCCUUGGAACUACCCGAUCGAAUUAACAACCUACUGUGACUUUAAUUCGUGCAAUGUUGGUUAUGUGGGAGAAAGCGGGUCCACUACCAAGCAGCCCACUACCAAGCAGCCCACUACCAGCAAGCCAAGUAAUUCGGCACCUUGUGGACAAAAUAGGAUAUCCAUUUGGAUUUUGGUUAUUGCAACUGCACUUCGCUAUAUCUGAGUGCUUUUUUCUUUCAUAAAAAAAAAUCGAAGAAUACCUAUAUCUCGAUAGAAUACCUAUGUCUCCAUACAGUCAAAAGUUAAAUUUAAGUGGUAAUGAUCUUGUGUGCUUGAACUAUAGCUCGACACCAACCGAGGCACGGAAAAGGAGUGCAUGUUAAAGGUGUAGUAUAGAUAACACUUUCCCAACAUUUCCACCCAGUGUUUUAUUGCGUAAUUAAAUUGUUGCACCACUCCCUUAAAUUUGCAACCAACAUACACUGAAGAUUUUUUAAAAACUACGAUGGGUAAGGUAAUCUUUUGACUUUCGAUGAAAUAAAACUGAAAUCCAGAUAGUUA